AUGUCCGUCAUCAGCACCCCUAUCACAGAGCUUUUCAAGAUCAAGCACCCCAUCCUCCUCGCUGGUAUGAAUGUCGCUGCCGGCCCCGAGCUUGCAGCGGCAGUCACCAACGCUGGUGGUCUGGGAGUGAUUGGAGGACAUGGUUAUACACCCAAGUUUCUGCGACAGCAGAUACGUGCUGUCAAAGCGGACCUCAAGGACAAGAACGCGCCCUUUGGUGUGGACCUUCUGAUCCCCCAGGUUGGCGGGAACGCGCGCAAGACAAAUAAAGACUACCAGAACGGCAAGCUGCCCGAGCUGAUCGACAUCAUCAUCGAAGAGAAGGCGGCGCUGUUCGUCUGCGCAGUCGGCAUCCCGCCCAAGUGGGCCGUGGAGAAGAUGCAUGCGGCGGGCAUCCCCGUCAUGAACAUGGUCGGCCACCCGAAGCACGUCCCCCGCGCGCUCGACGCGGGCGUGGACCUGAUCUGCGCGCAGGGCGGCGAGGGCGGCGGCCACACGGGCGACGUGCCCUGCUCGCUCCUCAUCCCCGCGUGCGUCGACGCGGUGCGCGGGCACACGUCGCCGCUCACGGGCCGCCCGGUGUACGUCGUCGGCGCGGGCGCGGUGUACGACGGGCGCGGGCUCGCCGCGAACCUCAUGUGGGGCGCGCAGGGCGUCUGGGUCGGCACGCGCUUCGUCGCGAGCGUCGAGGCGGGCGCGCCCAAGGCGCACAAGGACGCGGUCGUGCGCGCGGGCAUCGACGACACCGCGCGCACGGUCAUCUUCACCGGGCGCCCGCUGCGCGUCGUGCGGAACGAGUAUGUGGACGACUGGAACAAGAACCGCCAGAAGGAGAUUGACGAGCUCACGGCGCGCGGGAUCAUCCCGCACGAGGAGGAGGUCCGCAAGCACCCCGAGAAGCACGCGAAGGCGAUCACGUUCCUGACGGGCCAGGUCGCGGGGCUCAUCCACGACGUGCUGCCCGCGCAGGUCAUCGUGGACAACAUGGUCAACGACGCGGCGCGCCAGCUGCAGGAGGGUGCGACUCGGGUCACGGUGAAGGCGAAGCUAUGA